UUUGUUUUCUGCGGCGGUUUUGAGAGUUUAGGGUUUUAAGGGUUGAAGGAGCGGUUCUCCUAUGCAGUCCGCCUCGCACCUCAACUCCCACUCUCGUCUCCACCAAUCCCCAUGGCACCAUCGCAAAACUCCAAGAUUUCGCUCCUCCAUCGAUCAAUCCAACUCCGUGAGGCCAAAUCUGUCCCUGCCUCCCAAAAAUCCAACAUUUUCCAAACUUUCGAAGCUUUCUCGCCGCUUCAAGCUCGAAGAGAUCGAGGGAUGCGAAGGCCGGAGUCUCCUUCCUCUCCCCGUCGUCGUUCAUAGGGCCGGCAAGUCCUCUCGGUACCUCUGGGACGGUGCCCACCUCCGAUUGGAAGGUUUCGAUCGAGAACCCGCCGAUGGAUUCAGGUUCGGCGAUGAAUUCCAGCGGCUGUUCCAGAUGUUGGGCGAGGCCAUCCGGCAUUUGUUCGUUCCGCGUCAAGUUCAGGACAAUUACAUGGGCUAUUUGAAGUGGAAAGUACUGCAUCGAGUCUCGAGCUCUGCUCUCCAAGUUCUUGCCACACAGGCUAUGUUUCGGGCAAUAGGAUUUGGCUCCUCCCAUUCCCUUCCCUCUGCAGCUGCGUUAAAUUGGGUAUUGAAAGAUGGUCUUGGUCGGCUUAGUAGGUGUAUAUACACAGCUAGUCUUGGUUCUGCAUUUGAUACGAAUUUAAAGCGAGUUAGGUUCUCCACAUCUGUUUUAUUUAGCUUGGGCAUUGGAAUUGAGUUGUUGACGCCUGCCUUCCCUCAGUAUUUUUUGCUUCUUGCUACAGUUGCCAACAUUGCCAAGUCUAUUAGUCUUGCAGCCUACCUAGCAACUGGUACUGCCAUUCAUCGGAGCUUCGCGAUAACUGAUAAUCUCGGUGAAGUUUCUGCAAAGUCCCAGAUUCAAACUGUUUGUUUUGACAACCUGGGUCUUUUGCUUGCUGCACUGUUGAAUAUAUUAUGCAAGAUUAACCAAAGAUUUCAAGCAGGUCUACCACUCAUCUAUCCUAUUUUCGCAGCAGUUGACUUGUUUGCUAUUUAUCAAGGACUUAAGUUUGUACACCUACAAACACUAACCAAGGAUAGGUUGGAGAUUAUAAUAAACACAUGGUUAUGUUCAGGAGUUGUCCCAUCUCCUGCAGAGGUUAGCAACAAGGAAGGCAUAGAUGUCUUAAUGAAUAAAGGAAGCAAGCUAUGGCCAAUCAGAAUAGGAUGCCUUGAUCCGAAGGAUUCGUUCUCCAUGGUGUCAGUUUUGACCAUACAAUCUUUGCGUCAUGAAGAUCUUUACUUUAUUUGCAUGGAGAUAUCUCAGAAGGGUUUAACAAGAAAACAACCGGGGAUCCUCCUUUCUUUACAGGAAACGGCGGUUUCCUCAGAUAUCAUUAUAGGCCUGCUACAGGCAUGCCUCAUCCGCAAGAUGUUGCUACCGAGGAGUAGCUCUAUCUGUAAUGCUAGCAGCACUGAAGACUCAAUGCUAGCAGAGUGGUUUAAAGUUGUAGAAGAUAGCAAGCUGCGUGCCAUUAGAGAGAGUACUCACUUGAUAGAAGAACUUCAAAGAGCUGGUUGGGUUGUGAAGAACAUUUUGUUGAAUUUCCAAGAGCAGAUACGAUAUAGCUUGGUGAGAGAGGAUUCAUAUACAAGAAUACACUGAUUGGAAACACAUCUUACUUUUUUCCAUUUUCUUUUUCCAUUUAGGUUGAGUGCUCACCGCAAUAAGUGAGGCCAGCACUUUCUACCAUCCAGCUGACCUUAGUCUGGAGCUGACUUUUUUUUUUCUCUUUUUGAGAGAGAGAAUUGGAGCUUGAUAUUUUGACAUGAUACUUAACUGCCAUACAAGAGUAAAAAUGGAAACAUUGCAAGGUGGGGAUGUUGGUUUUGCAACUUCUGUAACUUAUGUUGUGUGAUCUCUUUGCUUCAGUUCA